AUCAGCUUUUAUCGGUUGGUUGUUAGCUGUUUGCACUAACUACUUUGAGUGGCUGAUUCCCAUUAAUUGUAUAGUGUAAAAAGUGUUUGUUAAAUAGCUGUUAGUUAUUAGUUGUUUUAGUCUUUUAGAGUAUUAUUACAAGAAAUAAAAUAAAAAUAUAAAAAAAAAACUAGCACUAGCUCCUCAUAUGAGCUUUUUGAACCCACAAAACUCUUUCAAACAGAUCCGGAGCAAACACUUUCAAGAGGUUUUUAUUCUAAAAAGUGUUAACCAAACACCCCCAUCAAUUCAGCUAAUUUCAAUUCCAUUCAAUUUUAUUUUAAGCGAUUAUUUCAUCAUAUGCCCUUUUUUUUUGUUUUUGGUUUUUUUUUUUUUUUUUUUUUUUUUUUUUUAGGAAAAUUUCAUCCUGUGUCUUUCAAAGUUUAAAGUAGUGAAAUAUUAAAGUGGUAUCAUUGUGGUCUCCAAAAUUCACAAGUUACCUUUGAAGUAUGCUGCUAAUCUAUGAAAUGUCAUUAAAGACUAACGACAUUAGAUGGAUGUAAAGUUUGUGUUUAUUAAUGCAUGAAAUACUUCUAAGGUAUAUAAGUAUUGUUUUUAUAAUGAAUAUUGACAGUAAAUUUUCCUACUUUAUUAGUUCAAUAGAUUAGGUUAUAAUCGUUUGAGAAGACGAACUUAAUUGUGUAUCUUUCUUUUUAAAAAAAGAGGAAAAAUUGUUAAUAACUACCAAGUUUAUAAUCAAUUUUGAAAAUAACUACCCUAUUUCAAAAAAAAAAAAAAAAAAAAAACAAAUAUAUAUAACUACCAAGUUUCUUCUAAAAGUUUUGGUAACAUUACCUUAUACAAUUUUUUUGUUCAAAAACUUAACGUUACACGUCAUAUAACCCCACCUAUUUGUCUAUUUAUAACCACCUUAAUUCCUUCUACAUUCACAAUUCAAUUCCCAUCAACCGAUUUACACCCCCUUCACUAAAAUGAAAACUCUUUGUUAUUUGUUUUUUCCAUUUUUAGAUUUUUAUACGUAGCCCUGAGAACUAUGUUAAAAAUAUAUAUUGUACUAACAAAAAAUAGUUAAAAUAUCUAUCUAUGAUCUUACAGAGGAUGAAUGUUCUUGGUCUCAUCUAUCAUUUGAUCCAAGAUAAUCUUUUAAUAUAAAAGAUUUUCUUUUAAAUUCAUCAUUUUUUUUCCUUCCCAGUCGAAUAUUCAUCCUAUAUUAAAGACUGAGAAAACCAACAUCCCAUAUUAUCUUUCAAAGAAAAAAAAGAAAAAAAAAAAGUUGAGUGAUAGUGAAAUAGCAGCUGUGUUUCAAUAUAUACCUUAAUAUAUUCCCUUAUUCUUACUUUUCUCUUUUAUUCAUUCAUAUGCUGCCAUCAUAGUUCCUUAAAACACCAAAUAGAGGAAUGAAUUCCGAGAUACUGCAACAACAAAACAAUGCUUAUUGGAUACCAAUAACCCCAGAAAAGCCACAUUCGAGUCUCACAAACGAUAUUACUAGCAAUGUGACACCAACGACUACACGUAUAUCCGGUCGAAAUCUACCCAGUGGUUCAUCGUAUCCGGAGACUCUUGGCUCAGUUAAUGGUGCAACUCUUGCUGGUGCAAAUCAAUUUGGAUUUCGACACGAUGCUACUGCGAGCAUUGAUCAUGUGCCCCAUCCUGAUGUGGAGCAAAAUUCGAAAAACAAAAGGAGAAAACUUGGCAUUGGCAAAGACUUAAACAGGAAGCCCGGGGAGAAGCGGAAAAAUAAAUAUUUUUGGGCAAAAAUCGAUAAUAAAAAGGUGCAAACUCCUAAGCCAAAAACUCCUAAACCAGUGACUCCAAAGCCUCAGACUCCAAAAACUCCUAAGCCUAAAACUCCUAAGCCAAUAACAAAGAAAGAUGUGAAGAAAGACAAGGAAGAAGGAGGUAAAGUCGUGCCUGAACAUAUUCGACCUGAAAGUGAAACAGAAACAGAAACAGUUUUAAACUGUAAACGAGCUUUGGAUUUUGACAUAAACAUUGCCAACUUAGAGGACGAGGCUGGUAAAGUAAUUGAAAGCCAAAUUCCCGAUGUUACUGAGCAAGUUUCGAAUUCUAAUGUGGUGGAAAAGGCGGAAUGUGUGGAAAAGGCAAGUGCGAGUAAGAAUGAUCAUUCUUGUGAUGGUAAAAAGAGGCAAGAAGGUUUGAGAGUUUAUGGAAGGAGGCAUUCUUGUAAAUGUUUGAGUGAAAGUCGAAAGAUAGGGCCUAAUUUUGCGUACAGUCUCAAGAAGAAGAGAAAAGGGAGGAAAAAAAAGUUUAUUGAUAAAAUCAAACUUGAUUUUAGCUUCAUCAUUGAGGAUAACAAAAAUUUGUUGUUGCCAGCAAAAUUGAAGAUUGUUGAUGAGUCUUUUGGGUGCAUUUUGAGUUUGCUUUCUUCGCAAAUGAAGUUCAAACAGGGGAAGAGAUUAAUGAAAAGAUUCCCUUUAGCUCGUAAUGUUUCAAAACAAACAAGCAUCGUACAUGAUGGACAAAUUGUUUCGAAACAAAUGAGUAUUGUUGAUGAUGGACAGAGUGUUUCGAAACAAACAAGCAUUGUAAUUGAUGGACAAAGUGUUUUGAAACAAACGAGCAUAGUGAAUGAUGGACAAAGUGUUUCACAAGGACAAAUACAUGAAAGAAGUUUACUAUCUGCUCUUUGUUCGACUCCAAAGAGUACAACAAAUGUAGCAAAGGAGAAGAAAACAAGAGCUCUUUAUAAACGCAAGGAAACGCGUAAAGCUCCGGAGAGUAAAACAAAGGAAGCAAAAGAGAAGGGAACAAGAGGUCCUUAUAAACGCAAGGACAAGCAUAAAGCUUGUUUCGUCGAGCUUCAAAAAUGGGAUGGAAAGUCAGUGGAGCAAAUAAUGGAUUCCUUAGUUGAAUACUAUGAAUCUAUGAAUAUCUAUGAUGACCCUAAGUCGAUCGAGUUGAGUAUUAUGGUCAGGGAAGGAAAUCAUGGAGGUGAUGGUAUUCAAAAACCUGAUGAAGAAGACGCCGAAUUUCGUGAAGAAAAAGCAUUUAUAGAAGCAAAGAUGGAUAGAUUCUAUUUUCUAAUGACUCAACUACAAGGGCCUAAGGAUUAUGUAAAAUGGAAUGGUUCUGUUUUAGACUCGGUUGUUGGCGUUUUUCUUACACAAAAUGUAACCGAUGUUCUCUCAGGGAGUGCAUACAUGGAAUUGGCUUCGCAAUAUCCUAUAAAACAACGAACCAAUGAAGAUGAGGAUAGUGGUGGAGAUGUAUCUGUCUCAAGCAGCCAAGAGUCUACGGAUAGUAGUAAUGUAAAGGGCCCGAUCAUCGAGUAUCCAAACGACGAAGAAGAAGCAAAUCCAACUGAAGCAGAUCAAGAAGAGUCAUGGAAGAAAGAAUAUGAUAGUGCUAUGAAGGAAAUGCUAGCAUCUUUGCCUAGUUUUAAAGGUAAAGAAAAGAAAGGUGAAGGUGCUGAAAGCUUUGAUUGGGACUCGAUAAGAUUGCAAUUCCUAGGAAAGAGUACUGAAAGAACCCCUGAAACACAAGAUUCUGUUGAUUGGGAAGCAGUAAGGAAGGCGCCGAUUAAGGACAUUGCUAAAGCAAUUGAAAAGAGAGGCCAACAUACGAUUAUUGGAAAAAAGAUUCAGAGAAUGCUCAAUCGACUUGUUGAAAAGCAUGGUACUAUGGAUCUUGAAUGGUUACGUGAAGCUCCAUUUGAAAUAGCAAAGGCAUAUUUGUUAAGUUUCUAUGGACUUGGCUUGAAAAGUGUUGAAUGCUUGCGACUUUUGACGCUUGGUCACGAUGCCUUUCCUGUUGAUGUAAAUAUUGCUCGAAUUGCAGUGCGUUUAGGCUGGGUUCCUCUCAGUAAACUGCCUGAUGAAAUUCCCUUUCAUCUUAUUGACAAGUACCCAAAUUUUGAUGACAUUCAAAGAUAUCUUUGGCCCAGAAUAGACCAUAUGGACAAACAAAAAUUGUAUAAAAUUCAUUAUCAAGCGAUUACAUUCGGGAAGGUUUUUUGCAUGAAGAACAAUCCCAAUUGUAGAGCAUGUCCAUUUAAGAAUGAAUGCAAGUACUACCAGAGUCUUGUAGAAAGUGAAAAAAUGAAAACUCUUUGUUUGCCUUGGGUAAAGUCCAAGAAGAGUUCUAAAAAGAUGAUUAAGAACAUUCCAAAUCCUUUUGACAUCAAAAGGGAAUGUUCUAAAUCUCAGCUUAUAAUGUCAUCGACUUAUGAUUCAUCUUUAUACAAGCCUUUGCAUUUUCCGAUGUUACAUUGUAAUUUAGAUUCAGAUGUUCGGAGAACGGCUCAAUCCCCUAUUGUUGAGUUUCCGUCCUCUCCAAAGAACGUUGAAGAAUCAGAAUUGCCUGACAUCGAAGAUAUAUUUAAAAAUAAUGCUGAUGAGGUGAAUGAUGAAUUUAUAGUCGUUGAUAUUGGUACGUGUAAGCAUACAUCGUCAAACCAACUUGUAAAGGCUACAAUGUCACCCAAUUUAUCGUCAAGAGCCUUAGUUAGCGUACCUCAAGAUGAUUAUAUUCCUUUACCAAAGCAAGUUAUUCAAGUUCGAUUGAGAACGGAGCAUCAAGUAUAUGAAUUGCCAUAUAAUCAUCCCUUGCUACAAAACUUUGAGAGACAAAUAGGGAACAUUCCUUACCUUCUCGCCAUAUGGACACAAGGUCAAAAUAAAAAGAUGACCGGUAAUUUAGAAGGAUCAUCUGAUCAUGUGGAAAAUGCGUGUUCAACUGAUAAUGUUUUUGAUGAAUCUUCGACAGUGUUAGGAACAAUAUUGAUACCUGUUCGAACAGCAAUGAGGGAAUCUUUUCCACUCAAUGGUACCUAUUUUCAAAUUAAUGAGGUUUUUGCUGAUGAUGAAACCACUCAAUGUCCAAUAAAAGUUCCUACAAGUUUAAUAUGGAUGUUAGAGAAACGAACUCUAUAUUGUGGAUCUAGUACAUCAGCAAUAUUUAGAGGUUUAUUAGUGAAGGAGAUCCAACGAUGCUGUUGGGAAGGUUAUAUUUGUACAAGGGGAUUUAAUCGGCAAACUCGAGCACCAAAGCCAUUAUCACCCAAAUUUCAUAAUCGCUCACAAGUUAAGGGGAAAUUGCAACAAGAAGACGAAGAAGAUUAUAUAUAAUAUACAUUUGUGUAAUAAUUAAUGUUGCAUUUGUCUUUUCUUAUGUUGUAAACAUUUAUUUAUCAAUUAUUUGUAAAUAGUAUACUGUAUAGUAUAAAUGCUUUUAAUUCAUUAGAAAUUUAAAAUUAGAAAAAAAAAUCAUAUAUCUAUCCACUAAUUAAUCUAGCAAUUCACUCCUGUACUCCUUAUCCCUAAAUUAAGAUAUGCCUUAUGCUGUACCAAAAAUAUACGGAGUACUCAUAACCAAAAUUAUGCGCGUAAAUAACA